UUCUUCUUUUGGCAAAGCCGCGUGCAACGUGCUGUCAAGAGUCUGCACCGGCACACCGGUAAGACUUUAUACUCAAUCUUCUAUUCAAAAGACAAUUCAGAAUGGCUCCCAAGAGGAACAACAUGGUGCCCAACGGCCACUUCCACAAGGACUGGCAGCGCUACGUGAAGACGUGGUUCAACCAGCCGAUGCGCAAGAAACGCCGUCACGCACACCGCGUGAAACGUGCCCGAACCAUCGCGCCGAGGCCCGUCAAAGGUUGCCUGCGACCCGUGGUCAGGUGUCCGGGCUUCAAGUACAACACGAAGCAGCGCCUGGGCAAAGGUUUCUCCCUGGAAGAGCUGAAGGCCGCGGGCAUCGCCAAGAAGGUCGCACGGACCAUCGGCAUUUCCGUGGACUACAGGCGCCGCAACAAGAGCGUCGAAAGCCUGCAGCAUAACGUUCAGCGUCUCAAGGAGUACCGCUCCAAGCUGAUACUGUUCCCACGCAAGGCUUCCAAGCCGGCGAAGGGCGAUGCGACGGCUGAGGAACAAAAGCUCGCCACUCAGCUGCGCGGAGUCGUCAUGCCGCUCAAGAAGAGCGUCCACCGAGAAAAGCCCCGAGUUCCCACGGAAGAAGAGAAGAAGUACUGCGCCUACGUGCAUCUGCGGCAGGCGAAGGCCAAGGCACGUCUUUGGGGCAAACGGGCGAAGAAGGCCCGCGAAGCGGCUGAGAGCAUGGAGGCUCAGGCACCAAAGAAGGGCUAGCAUGUCUUCUUGUGUGAAUAAACUCAUGUUUAAAAGAAAGAA